GCCAACUCAACACUUGCGUGCUGCUGGCCUCCAGGGCUGACGCCAGGCAGCAUGCUCCUGAAGGUGCCUCUGCUUUUGGGGCUCAUUGCACUGGAAGCUCCAGUCUGCAGUUCCAAGUAUGUGGACGUUAGUAAGGACGCGCAGUUAUUUGCCAUAGGUGUGGAGUUUGCCAUGUUUCAGUUCAACCAAGCCCAGGUGGAUGAGUAUGCUUACAAGCUGCUGUGGGUGGGGAGAAGCCAGCGCAAGCUGUUUUCUUGGAAUUAUUUAAUGGACUUGAAUAUGGGCCGCACUGUUUGUAAGAAACAUGAUGAAGACAUUGACAACUGCCCUUUGCAAAAAGGCCCAGGCAUGAAAGAGGUGAACUGCACCUUUCUUGUGGAUGCCCGACUAUGGAUUUCUGAGUUCACCCUCCUGGAGAGCACCUGCAUGCCGACAUAGGUGGGGAAGGAGUGCCUGCUUCUCACAGCAGAAGAUUCUUUUCCUCUAGAGAGUGACAGUUGGUCUGUCUUUGAAGUGUCAGGGAAAUUAAAGGCAUCUCAGAGCACUUUCUGGGUCCCUGUCAGUUUUGCGUUCUCCUGUUUAUUUUCCAGAGAAAGUUCUGCCAGUGGCAGAGAAUUUAUCACUAUUAUUCUUACCUUGGCUGCAGUUGCAGAGUGUUGAGUAAAUCCAACUUCCCAGUU